AGUAUGUGAAUAUAAGCAGGCACAGCCACCUCUGAGAAACACGUGGAGUUUAUCUGUCGUCUCCGCACCCUUCCCUCCUGACAACAUGGCCAAGGGGGAGAAAGCACCAGAUACAGCCGGAGAUAAACUCAUGGGGAACCACCCUGAACCUGCUUUCACCAAGAUGCCACCACAGACUCAACUGGAUCAGAAGCUCUCUGUAUGCAGCAAACUUUGUUACGCCAUUGGUGGAGCACCAAAUCAGGUGGCCGGGAGCGCAACCGGCUUCUUUCUGCAGAUAUAUCUCCUCGACAUAGCGCAGAUUAACCCAUUUCAAGCUUCAAUGGUGCUGUUCGUCGGCAAGGCCUGGGGGGCGGUCACUGACCCUAUUGUGGGAUUCUUCAUUACGAAGAGCAAAUGGACAAAGAUUGGCCGACUAAUGCCGUGGAUGGUUGGCUGCUCUCCAUUUAUGGUGGUGUCUUAUUUCUAUCUGUGGUUCGUUCCACCUUUCACCAACGAGAGGUUCAUCUGGUAUCUGGGCUUCUACUGUCUCUACCAAACUCUCAUCACAUGUUUCCAUGUGCCUUACUCCGCCCUAACCAUGUUCCUGAGCACCAACCAACAUGAUAGAGAUUCUGCUACAGCUUACCGUAUGACUGUGGAGGUACUCGGUACGCUGGUUGGUGCGGCUAUUCAAGGUCAGAUUGUUGCGAGCGCACACACAAUGAAACACUGUCCACAUCACAACCUGUCAGCCGGUCACCUGGGAAACAGCAGCGGCAUGAAGAUCACCAGGACUGUGGGGCUAUCACAUGACUUCCUGUUUCAUGCGAAAGAGGUGUACAUGAUCGCAGCCGGUGUCAUCGGUGGACUGUUUCUGGUCUGUACAGUCAUCAUGUUCCUGGGAGUCAGAGAGAGAGAUGAUCCAUACGCACCCAAAACUGAGAAGUCUAUUCCCUUCCAUAAGGGCUUUAUUUUGGUCAUGAAACACGGGUCCUACCUCACGCUCACGGCCGCUUUCCUUUUCAUUUCUGUGGCCAUCCAGAUGAUACAAAGCAACUUUGUGCUGUUCUGCACGUAUGCGGCGGAGCUGCGAGAUCACUUUCAGAACAUUGUUUUGACAAUAUUGAUGUCAGCGGCAGUGAGCAUCCCGUUCUGGCAGUGGUUCCUUGAGAAGUUCGGGAAGAAGACCGCAGCCUUCUGUGGCAUUACAUGGAUCAUGCCCUUCACACUGAUGCUGGUGUUCAUUCCCAAUCUGAUGGUGGCUUAUGUUGUGGCCGUAUCAUCUGGACUGAGUGUGGCUGCUUCUCUCUUGCUGCCAUGGUCAAUGUUGCCAGAUGUGGUGGAUGAUUUCAGACUGGUGAACCGUAGUUCAAAGGGACACGAGGCCAUCUUCUACUCUCUGUAUGCUUUCUUCACCAAGUUUGCUGCUGGGAUUUCUCUGGGAGUGUCCACGCUCUGUUUACAGUUUGCUGGUUAUGACACAGGAGCGUGCCGGCAGCCCCCUCCAGUGGUGUACACACUGAAACUGCUCAUUGGUGCCGCCCCGGUGGUCUGCAUCACAACAGGCCUCAUGAUCCUGGUGGCAUACCCCAUCAGUGAAGACGUCAGGUUACGAAACAAAAUCGCUCUAGAGGAGCUCAGAAAGCAGAGCAUCAGUUGCAAAUCUCUCAGGGUCGAUCUGAAUGGCGUGUGACGUCUUCAGACAGCAGAUAUUCCAGCUCACCGCUGGGAUGAGUUGUGUUAGUGUACAUUACACUGUAAGAGAGCUAUUAUAU